UUCCAUUCACGCUGUCUCAGGAUACCACACGAUCAUUCUCGGCCAUCGGACAAGAUGCCAAAAGCGUGAAAAAAUAUGUCAUUCUUCGGGAGAGCAUUCUAUCGAGGAAACAUAAAGGAACGCAGGAAAAAAUCGUCAAAGGAGGAAAUACAAUCGGAGCGAUUCUGAAAGACAUACCCGAUAUCUACUUUUCUCCCGAACCUCACAUAUUUCCCACAAUAGGCCAGCUUUUACUACUAGUUAAGAGUACUUCCUGCAAAUUUUAUGUUGUUGCUGUUGCUUAUAAUAGUAUCUAAUGUUUUCAUCUAUUCUAUGGUUAUUAUACUAAGGAGGAUCUUUAAAAGACUUACAAUCAGAAAGGAUUCCUUAUUCACUCUGACAUUGAUAAUACCAAUUUCAUAUAUUCCAAAGAAAUAUUUGCAUUCAAAGAUUUGUUCAUGUUAUUUAUAAAGGAAUCUUUGAAAUGCUGCUAUUUAUUGUUAAUUUUGAAACACUUUUUUACUUUACUCAAAAUUGUCGAAAUCAAUUAUUAUUCAAGCUACUUGUAAACAUUACUCUUUCUCGACCCAUUUCCUAGUUACUGUAUCAAACCAAAACAAACCUCGAGUCAUAGAUGAGUCUAUCGCUUCACUGCAUGGCCACCCUAUGGAAUCAAUCGCUACAGAAACUGUUACGCUCGGCCAACUGCAUCAAACUUUGAAGGAGGUAUAUAGAAAAUUGAAUUCAUUGACAAUGAAAAUAACAAAUGUGGAGGCUGAUAUGAGGGCUGUACGCGAUUGUCUAUCCAGUGAGCAGAUCAGGGCUACAGGUGGUAUUGAUCUAGAUGAACUCGGUUUGCCAUUUAGUACUUCCGAGCAGUUGAAAAAUUUCGAUCGUCAAUUAUCUGACGCGACUUUUCGCUCGUCGAUGGUUAAAGCUUUGAUAGUUAUCGGUGGAGGCGAUAUACAGAGUACCAUAUCAGGUAUACUAGUCAAAAUCCUUCGCAACGCAUUGGCCGAAGAGUACAGCUUUAAAGGACGCAAAGGCAAGAUGGCAUUCAAAGACUUUUACAACGUUGUCACUUUGAUUAUAAAAGUAGUCCGAACACACAAACCUCAUGCCACCGAUAAAGAAAUCACAGAAGCGAAUAGUACGUGGCUAUCACAGGCCAAAACGCGUCGAAUACGAGAAGAAGCCAAACAAGCGAGAUGUCGCGCUGAAAAACAGAAGGAGGCAUCUAGCAGAAUUUAUAGAGAGGACAGAGAAUCCGAGAUGUAAUCUCUUGUGAAAACUUUCCCCAGAUUUGAAUUAUUUUACUUUUUUGUUUGAUAUUGUUACUUAUAUGUAUGUACGCUAAGGCGAUUAUAGAAAACUAUCUAUAUUUUUGUUGAUCUGCGCA